UAGGCAACCUCGGCUGCGAGAGAUUCGAGCUGAGUUUCACAUUCUACACACUCACUCAUAGUUACAUCCACCGCCGAGAUGUGCCCUACCUCGGCAAACCGCCAGCCAGUCCGGCGGCAUGUUUACAGGAAGCACAUCUUCGAAGCUCUCCAUGAGCCAGAAGGCCUUUGAACGGCAAUCCUCACGACGUUGGCGAAGAACCAGACCGCCGAUCAUUGCCUACAUUUUCUCAACAAACCUUCGCCAACCAUGCCGGCAUCGAACAUAGCAGAGCAGAACGCUGUCGAUCGCCUCUCCGAGAACGUGUACGCGUCAACCUCCCCGCCGAUAUUACUAGGCAAUGCUGCCAACAUUGCAUAUGGUGGCUGUGCUCUCGGAGUAGGCGUCAACGCGGCAUAUCAAACUGUCAAACCCGGCUAUCAUAUCUACUCCGUCCUCGGACAUUACCUUGGUCCAACUCUCUGCAACCGAAAGAUCUUCUGCAAGAUCACCCGCACGAGGGACACCCGAACUUUUGCUACAAGACUCGUCGAGGUCAGCCAGAAGCUGGAUAAUGGAACUAUCCGCGGAACCGUGACCUUCCUCGCCGACUUUCAAGUCCAGGAACCUGCCACCUUGCUCGACUUCACCUCUAUACCAGAGGGAGCUUCUCAUAGCCCGGAAGAAUGCGCGACGCCCAAAGACAAGGCUGAAAGAUUGCUACGAGAAGGCAAGGCGACGGCCAAGAUCGUAGCGAUCUACGACGAUUCCUUCAAAGCCGCCGACCAAUUUCUUGAGAUUAGGAGUCCUCCAAGCUCGAUGAUGUCGGAGACAUUGGCCGGGUUGGUCAAAGGACCGACAAGCCAAGACAAGCUGUCCCUCACAUCCAAGACCACGUCGCAGUGGGUGAGAAGUCGCCAUCCUUUGGAACGUGAAAGUGAUCACCUCGGGGCGUUGGCCUUUUAUAUGGACGGAGCACUGUCCUUUCUCCCGCUAACGCACUCGAAGAUGUCCCUGUUCGAGGCUGGUGCGUGCUCUUCUCUUGACUUUGCGUUGAGGAUUAUGAGCAACGAGGUGGACAUGGUCGAGUGGAACUUCAAAGAAAUGAAGGUGAUACAUGGUAGUGAUGGGAGGACGUACAGUGAGGGUCGCCUGUUCAACAAGGAGGGGAAGAUGAUAGCUGUCAUGACACAACAGAGUAUCCUGAGGCCACAGCCGGCGAAGAAGGCUUCUUUAUGAUCACGGAAGAUCAGACGAUUGUCCGAUAGAUGAGAGAACUGCGCACGUCAGGCUGCGCCUUGUGUCGUUGAACGGCGACAUCGCCCGGGACGCUUUCUCUGCGAACAUUCUGCUUCAUUCACGGUGCUGCUGUGUCGCUUUGAUCUUAUGUGAUUCCACCUCCGUAGGGUUCGAGUGCAUCUCGAGACCAAUGAUGGAUGUGCCAGUCGGUAUUGGGCAGG